AUGGACUUUCCCUUAGAGUCCCCAGAUACUAUGCAAAGCUAUGAUAGCGACACAACAAGCGAAGAACGGCCAUCGUCACCCACGAACACCAAAAUCCAAGCCAAGUUCCAAAUGGCCCGGCCGCCCCCAAAAUCAAAUUCACUACUUCGACUCAGCCCCAAACUACUCCUUCAAAUCCAACAAUUACUUCCAAACCACCGACCAUUACCUGUACUAGAGAUAUGGCAGCCACCUCUUCGCAAGUCAAAAUUGACCAGGGGUUUCCCACAACGCCCAAAGCUUGGCACGAGGGAUAUCUACGCAACCCUCAAUGAGCUAUAUAUCACCAAUAAACAACCAGAAAUUCAACAUUCCCAAGAAAAAGAUACCCAAUCAUACAGUAUCCAGGAAAAGGAUAUCAUCGCUGCAAUGUGCGAACCAUCAACCAGCCACAACCCCACAUUAUCAUCAAUCCACUUCCGCGAAACAAAAUGCAUCUGGAAAGCCAGCCCCAGCUCAGCAGGUCCUGAGAAAGGCACGUGUUACAGAUUCAUCAUUAGAAAGGAAGAUAACACAACCGACCCCGAGCAGUCCCGCAUGAUUAUGCAGUGGGAGAAACGGAUGCUCCCUGCGAAUGGAAAUGCAGCUUCGGAUACCGAACAAUUUGUUUUGAUGGCGAUUGAUCGCAAGGCGCGUCGGAAGAGUCGCAUUGCUACGAUGACUCGGGCUGGGUUCGAGAUUUCUGUGAGGAAGAGUUCGAUCUUGGAUCAUCUUCGGACUUGUAUGGUGUUGACGGAGCCUGUUUCUGAGGGCCCCGCGGAUUUGGACACUUGGUUGUACAAUCUUGUGUUGACGCUGGGCGUCACCGUGGCUUCUCGGGAAGGGUGGUUGAGUUAA